CCCAAUAUAUCGCAGUAACAUAUCUCACAUGAAAGACAUCGUAGUGACUUUCCUCCAAGAUGUUUUUUCUCAACUUCACCGAUUCCUCAAAAUUAGUAGCCACAAUGGCAUCACAUUCCCCUCCAAAGGACUGUGGCUUUAAUGAAGAUACCUUAAAUAUGGCUAUAUCAAGUCUCUACUUCCUGUUGUUCAUCCCGGCCCUCAUCAUCAAUGGGGUAGCAGUCUGGGUCUGCAUGCAACUUCGUUCAACAUCCACCUUCAUGGUGUAUCUGAAGAACCUUCUGGCCGCUGACCUUCUCAUGACCCUGACCAUCCCUGUCAAAGCAGCCAAUAUCCUGCCCAGUGCUCCUCUGGCUCUGAAGGCCUUUGCCUGUCGCUACUCUGAUGUUAUUUUCUACCACUGUAUGUACAUGAGCAUCAUUCUGUUGGGCCUCAUCAGUCUGGACCGCUUCUUCAAGAUCGUCAGGCCCUGUGGCAGGUUGUUGGGUCAGAACCUUGUCUUCGGCAAAGUGUUGGCUGCUUCCAUCUGGGUGGUGCUGUUGUCCACUGCUGUCAUUCCAACCAUGAUCCUGACCAAUCAGGAUCCCACAAACAAGACUGAACUAUUCUGUAUGGCAAUGAAGAGCAAUGCAGGACAAGAUUUCCACAGUGGCUUGGUCAAAUUAAACAAAGCAAUCUUCUGGGUGGUGUGUGUUCUUAUUUGUUUCUGCUACAUAUGCAUAGCAAGGAAGGUUUUUCAAUCAUACAGGAAAUCAGGAAGCAGCAAUGACGAAGGUAGGCAUAAGACCAAAGUGCGUGUGUUUUUGGUUCUGGUGGUUUUCCUGACGUGUUUCGGACCCUACCACGCCGUACGGCUCCCCUACACCUUGCUUCAGGUUACCUCAACAACCAGCUGCACUAAGGUUACCUUACAGAUCUCUAAGGAGUUCACCUUGUGGAUGUCAGCCAUGAACGUCUGUCUGGACCCUCUCAUCUACUUCUUCCUGUGUAAGUCCUUCAGGAUCACCUUGUUCAAGACGCUCUGUCUCCCACCUGGGACCUGUAGCUGGCUCACUGGGAGAGGACCCAACACAAUAGAGGAUCAGACCCCAACACAGGAGGGAGACUCCUGUGCCUGUACAGAAAAUUAAAACUCUUUGGAAUUAUCUACUUCAUGUUGUGAGAUGUUCUGUUUGACAGAGUAUAAUACUGCUACCUGGUGGAGGGUUAACUAUCCAAAGAGUUAUACUUGAAAUGAAUCCACCAGGUGUAAUGUACUAUCCUACUCUUUAUAUUAGAAAUGCUACGUUACAGCCUUAUUCUAAAACAGAAUAACUACAUUUUUUCCCUCAUAAAUCUACACACAAUACCCAAUAAUGGAUGGCCGUACAGGCCCCAUUUAACAUCGAUGUGGUUGUAGUGGAGCGAGAUUCUUGGUGUCCACAUCACCAACAAACUGUCAUGGUCCAAACACACCAAGACAGUCGUGAAGAGGGUACUACAACACCUUUUCCCCC